AUGAUGAUGAGCAGUAAAGAUCAAACUGUAUCUGUAUACCAUGGUGCUGAAGUCAAUGACAUAGGAACUUUCUUUUUGAUUUUGAAGGGUAUAGAAAGAGAAUCAAUAAGAGAAUACACUAAUCAGUACGAAGCCUAUGCUCAAACUGUUGAAAGUCACUGCCCUAAAAAUUAUAAAAAAGCCAAAAAGAAGGCAUUAGAGAUGGAGGAUUAUAAUAGAGACAAAGCUCUCAAUGAACAUAAAGCAUCAAACAUACCUGAAAAAACUCCACCAUUGAAGGAGAAGUUGAAUCAAUCUGAUAUUGAAAAUAUGAUUCAAAAUGUGGUAGCAAAAACUGGCCACAUCAUGAAGAAUUCCUUAAAUCAAAAUAAAAGUGAAAGUCAAACUGAUAAGGGCAUAACGUUCAAUAAUGCUGAUUGCACCUUGGGUUUUAAAGGAACUAAAUACUGGUGCACCAUUUCUUCUCCUAUGAGAUCCGCUUCUUUUGUGGUAUCAACAGUGCCCAGGAGUUGGAUAGAUGAAAUUCCAGCAAGUGAUUAUGAUGAUAGUAUGGAUAGUAAUGAUGAAAGUAACUAUAAAGAGGAUGUUGACGAUAUAAUAGUGGCAAAAAAUAAGGAUAAUGUAGUGCAACGACAAGUUAAACCUGUCGAUUAUGAGUGCCUAUGCGAUUUGGCAUUUGGAGGUUGGAUAAACUAUUGGCAUAUCAACGAUGAAAGGGAAAAUGGUUCAAUUGAAGGAAAGAAUGCUUUUGUUGUGUUGAGAUUAACAAUAAAAAAUAAUAAUUUAAUAAACCUAGGACCUAUGGUACGAGAUGAACCAAUAAGGACUAUAAGAAGGGUAAUGAAUAAGGAACAAACAGAUGAAGGAGAGUAUAUUUCUUCAGAAGAUUAUCUGUCAGAUUUUCUGGAAGAUUAA